GUGAUCUUUGUUUUUGCCAUGCUACCAAUGGCGAAUCAUCCUGCCUGGGGACGCUAUUUGUCUUCAGUAUUUGCCGCUCGAAAGCAGCGCAUCUUGCCAUACGACUUUGUCGUGCUUUCUCACCCCACAGAAGCCGAGCGUACCCUCUGCCUCUAUUCUGUGUACAUCGCAAUACAAAAAGACGAUGUUGCAGUGCGCUACAAUGACGAUCGUUUGAUUGUGGAAGGCUCUAUGGACACGGGCAAUAUUGAGAAAGAAGGGCGUAAUUGGAAGAUGAAGGAACGCUCGGCGUCCAGCUUCCGCCGAGAAUUCAACGUACCCCGUGGCAUGGAUCCCAACAAGAUCAAGACAUCUCGGCGCAACGGCGUAUUGGAGAUCGAUUUGCCAGAGUUGCAAACACUGUCGUCUGAUAACAAGGGCCACACACUCGCCAUCGAGGAGUGA